AUGGCUGGCUCCGUGGAGCUCUACGCUAACCUGCUGCUGAAGAACAGGGCCCAGCAGCCCGACAUCAGCCUGCCAGGUGAGAAGAGGCUGCAGGCAAAGAAAGUCAAGGAAAGGAAAAAGAUCCUGCAGGAGAAUCACCAGGAUGGGGAGAUGGAAAGAGCACAUUUCUCUCUCCCUGCUGUGCUGAUCUCCCUUGAUGAAGUCAGAGCGGUGAAGAAGACCAGCAGCCCCUUCCACAAACAGCGUGUGGCAGAGCACUGCAGGAUAUUCCGUGACUUGUUCAAGGGGGCCACGCUCACCCCCUGGGUCUCCCUGAGGGUGAAGUACAACCAAGAAGAUGAGCACUUUGUGCCAGUCUACUAUGGGAAUGUGGUGACUCCAUCGGAGUUCUGGUCUCCGUCAUCGUAUGAGGCAGAUAAAGGCUCCCUCUGGACUUUGUUGCUCACAAAUCCAGAUGGACAUUUAAGAGAGACGGACUUGGAGUACGUGCACUGGCUGGUGACAAACGUCCCAGGCAAUGACAUCACGUUGGGUAAGGAUAUCUGUCAUUACUCGCCCCCUUUCCCUGCCAUGGGAACUGGCCACCAUCGCUUCAUCUUCCUCCUCUUCAAGCAAGACCGCCUCAUAGAUUUCAGCAAGGACCUUUGGCCGAAGCCAUGCUUCAGCAUCAAGCACACGACAUACGCAUGCAG